AACUGAAGCAAUUGUAUUACCAGCUGUAGCAGUCAACCAUCACAGUUUCUUCCUUGUAAGUUUUUCUUUGUAGCAGUGGAGGCUGAAAAUAUCAAUUCUGUAUCUAAAAAUAGUUAGGAAAAGCAUUUGGAUCUUGAAAGUAUCUUUUCCCAAAUAUUUGUUGGAUGCUAAACUUUAUGUGUCAUCUGAAUUUUCAACUAAAAACUCUAUGCACUCGUGCUGGGUAGUUUUCUUUUAGCUUUCCUGUUUUGAAGUAAAGGAUUAUCUUGAAGAUCUGUUGAAUGAUAAAAUCAGACUUUGUGAAAGCCCACUACGUCCGAUUUAAUUUAUCAGUGAAUAUUCUGGAAGAGAGUGUCAAAACUUAUCUCUACUUUGACUUGUUUGUAAAUCAUUUCAAAUGAGGAUAAAUAAUAGAUCAGAAGUUCAAAGUAGUAUUUUUAUCCUAUAAAUGUAUGUACCUAGUUAUUAAGUAGCUAUUUUGCAUUUAAAAGGACAGGCAUAAAUGCAUUUCACAAGUAUCCAAAGAGAACAAUUAUAUAGGAUUUCAAUAACUAUGAAUAUUACACAGAUGCGCUAAGAACAUUAUAUUUAAAAUUAUUUUUCAACAAGUUUUGUUGCAAGGAUGGUUGUGUUGACUAUUCCAUGUUUUUGUAAUAACCGUUUAAGUGCAUCUCUACUUAACAUGCAUUCUCGAUGCAUGGUUAUACACUUUGGCCAUCGAAAUGAAUUUUUUUGAAAGUAGGUCUGUUUCAAUUCUGAACCAAGAAUAUUUCAGAAGCAAAAAGUCGUAAAGACUUCAAGUGUUCUCUUUCUAUCUUCUUUUAAAUAGUGUAUCAAAAAAGAGGUGUUGUUUGAAAAUUAUUAAUUAGGGUCCAGCAGGUCCAGCUAGAUGUGCAGGGCUAGACCCUCAAAAUUUUACAUACCUAAAAAAGUAGCCUCUAAUGAUCUAGAAACAACUUAAUUUCAUCUCUCCAGCAGGUGCACCCGUACUAAAGAUAGCCGGCCGUCCUGAAACUUAUGGCCCACCCUGUAUAAUGCUCCCACUUGUCAUUACAAUGUUGCCACGUCUUGUUUGUUUUUGUUGUUAAAAAGCAAAAUAUUGAUAAGUGCUGUGGUGCUGUGCUGAUUGUUAGGUUAUCCGAAAAAGAAAUUCGAAUGUUACUCUGAGACGUUUAUUCUUCCAAGUAAAUUGCUGAAGUUCACCUAAGGAGAUCGAUUCCCAUUUACUUAAUCCAUGGUUUCUUCCCUCUUCUUAUCAAUUGCACUUGAGAUCAAUUCUCCCCGACAACCAAGAAGUAUUGAAGUGAAUCUCCCGAGCCAAGUUUUCUCCAAUGGCUAAAUUUUAAAGGUGUAACAUCACCUUUUGUUAAAUAUUUAUUUUUCUACAAAGCUUUUAUUAUCGCUGAAAAUUUGUUUCUCUCCAAUUUUGAAUUCAAUGCUUAUUCAGUAUUGCAAUGGCAACUUUCAUGUCAAAGGUGGAUGCCUUUCGUCAAAUCUCAGCAAGACAAUUGACAAAUAUUCUUGACAGUAUUCCUAGUCCAAAAGAUCUUGUUAUUGAUGCAAACCUGAUUAAGCCUCUGGAGAGGAUUGUUGGCAUUGCUGUUUUAAGAGCUCAUGGCAUUGAUAAAAUUUACAAGUUUGAUGCAUCAGCGUUCCUCUCUAAAUCCUCUCAAGUUGUUUUCAUGAUCCCAUCAGAUCUGAUAUCAGCAAAACAUGUGAUUGAUCAAAUCAACGCUCAGAUCCAGCUCGAAAGUAGAUCAGCCUUCAAUCUAAUUUUGGUUCCUCGAAAACUGGAUUCAAUUAUGAAGCUUAUAGAAGAGGAAGGAGUGUAUGAGUAUGUACAAGUAUACUCUUUGUCUUAUGGACUUAUCAGGCUUGAUAAGUUUCUUCUAUCCCUGGAAUUACCAAAAAUAUUUCAAACGGUCUUCGUCCAAAAUAACCUAUCCUUCUUGCCUGUGAUAGCUCGCUCUUUGUGGUCCACUCAGCUUGUCUUUGGAACUCCAACAAUCACAAUUCAUCUCGGUCGCAUUGCCAAAAAAGUGGACCAAAUUGUUCAUGAAUUCCUGGAGAACCUUGGGCGACCAGAUGGAAAGAGCCAAGAUAUAUCUUACUGCAUCAUUUUAGAUCGUGAUAUAGAUUAUGCUUCUCCUCUUCUCACCUCAGGUACUUACACUAGCCUUCUAGAUGAAGUUUUUGGAAUCAAAAGUGGCACCAUAACUGUUCCUGACACAAAAAUUAGUUUUAGUUUAUGUAGUCAAGAAGAGACAUUUUCACAAAUUAAAUAUAGGCAUUUCUGUGAUGUUUCAUCUCAUUUAAGUUCAAAGGCAAAACGGCUGCAAGAAGAAUAUGCAAAAUCACAAAACAUGGGCCUGCAAGAAAUGAAAGCAUACAUUAGUCAGAAUUUGGGAAAUGUGCGAUCAAUGAAACAGUCCCUUGGACACCAUGUGACAGCUUGCGAGGCUGUGUCUCAGAAAAUCGGAGCCCGCUUCGUGAAGCAGCAUGAAAUUGAGCAAAAUAUAAUUGCAGGUAGAGACAAGCGAGAAACUACUCAGUAUAUAGAGAAUCAAAUCGCUCUUGCAGAGGAGGACAAAUUAAUUGUUCUGCGGCUCAUUUGUCUGCUGUCUCUUGCACAAGAAGGCCUUAAUGCAGAAGAGGCCAAGUCACUUAAAAUGCAGUUCUUGCAAGCAUAUGGUUAUCAAUAUCUAACCGUUUUCCACAAUCUAGAGCAAAUAGGACUUUUUACUGAGCAACCUAGUCUGAUGAAUGUGAUGGCUGCUGAAAGUGGGAUUGCCAAUCGACUGACACAUGUGGUUGCAAGAAAAAAUGCAUUUCAGACAUUGUGUCAGCGUCUAGGUCUCAUUCCAAGUUUCAUGGAGAACCUGGAUUUAAAAAAUCCAACGGACAUGAGCUAUGUUUUUAGUGGAGGUUACAUUCCGAUUGCAUGUCAGUUGGUCAAUCUUAUAUGGAAGAAGGAACUAUCGUUAGAUGAUCUGACAAAAAUUUUCCCUCACUGUACAGUGAAAGGUAAAGAGAAUCAAAACCUAGUCACACCAAUGCGAAAUAAAAUUAUGGUUUACUUUAUUGGAGGGGUAACUUAUGCAGAAAUAGCUGCAUUUCAAUUUUUAGAAACACUUUUAAAUGUUCAAAUUUUAGUUAUUGGUACUUCAGUAAUUAACGGGAAUACAUUGAUGGACCAAUGUAGCUAACAAAUUAUUCUUUAGCCGUAUUGUCAUUAAGUUGUUUUUCACGAAAAAAGUUCACAUCUUAUGAUGCUUUUAUUAUGUCUAAUGCCAAAGAGGACACAUGCAUGAUAGUGCUGAAAUCGUUUAGUUUUUGAUAUGUUUUUUUGUUGAUCAAAAAUUACUUUCACAAUUUUUUUGUCUGAAAUUGUUUAAGGCAAAUACGUCAAAAAUAUGUCACAGCCAUAGUCAAUUAUUUCUGUAAAACAGGAACACUCAUUCUGAAAGGAAUGAUGUAGUGAUCCAGAUAGUUCACUGCCAUCAUUCAAUCCUUGGCGAUAGUUUCUAAGAACACUUAAAAUUUCAUCAGCCUGCAACUUGGUUGUUGUAAUUUUGUAUUUUGCGACUAGGUAAAACCAAGGGGCAAUGGAGUUAUGUGAUCGGUCGGCUUUAAUAGUCACAGUUUUUAUCGGUUUUUUUGUCAAUUGAAAUCAAUGACAAACUAAAGGCACCUCUUGAGUUGCCUUUAUUUUGUCGUUUGAUCCACCUGACAUUGGUACAACAACAACAAGGAUAACUUUAAUGUCAACCAAUCACAUAACUCUAUUCCUAUUUAGUCUUUUCUUGCCCAGUCGACUAACACAAAAUUUCAGCAUUCAAGCUGCUAGCUACAGAUAAUCAUUCCACCCUAAUAUCUUGUCUGGACUUCAAAAAUGGCAAGGUGAGGAAGGGACAUGGCCGGCCAGUAGUUAUCAGUUCACACUGCUCAGCUGACAAUGAGUUGCGAUGAGAUCAUGGAUCACUUGUAGUGUGUGUGACUUUAAGGUGGCCUGAUUUUUUAUGACAAAAUGUUUUUCACAAGUUUGUUAAAAACACCAUCUGCAAAGUUUCAGUCAAAUCGGAUGAUAUUACUUGUGCCAAGAGAUGAUUCUUUUUUGUAUGCAUUUUUACAUUGAAAAACAAUUUUUCGGGAAAAAGGUAAUUUAUAGGAAGAGUCCGAAGUCACAUUUGGAUUCAGUAGCAAAAAUUGGGUAAGAAAAGUUCUAACACCUAAAAAAUUGUUUUCAUCCUUCCUUUCGACGGUGAGACAUUUGGAUAAGGUCAACAAAGGGUAAAUAAUGGUAUUAAAUCUCAAAUAAUUAUAUUAGCCUACACCCCAAAGAAAGCUCAAAAUAUUGUAAGUCUUGUUAAGGUACUUUUCUGCGCUGAAUCCGAAAAUGCUACUCAUUUUUCUCUAUUUCAUCAGGAUUUUCUGGAAGAUAUGUUUCUAUAAAGAGAAAGUUUUCCAGGGAAAACUCUAGUUUUCAGGAAAGAAACACUCCAUCUCUAACAGGUGUCUCUGAUGUCUUGAUUCAAUGAAAAAAAUAUUAUAUUCAUUGGAAAAAGUAACCAUCAACAAUUCAAGUUUGGUAAAAAUGGGACUAAGAAUUGAUCACUAUUUCCAGAAGGAGACAGUACUGGAAAAACUGUAAAUUCCCUAAAUUUUAAGCGGAACAUUUUUAAAUCAAAAUUUCUAUUAAAAAUAUUUAUGCUUCAGCAGAUCUAGAAUCAUCAUAUUAUCAAGUUUUAUCUGUAAAGGUACCCUGAGAAAUUUUUACCUCAUUUCAUAACUUUUAACCCUUAAUUUUCCCAAGAUUCUCACAGGUCUAAGAUAAAUUUCCUUUUUGAAACAAGAUGAUCUGAGAUGGUAAAAUUAUAGACUGUUAUUAUUUUUUGCUUCUACGUGUUUUGUGACCAUUAUUAUUGUAUUAAUUGUAAAUAAACAAGUUUUCCUCAA